GGGUGGUCAGAAGUUCCAGGAAUGAGGGAGAGAAAGGUGGAAACUUAUGAAUGAAGGAACUUUUUGAAGCCGUUCAGUUCAAUUCCAAAAUUGAGAAGACUCAGAUGUAGGCAUAAAAUUCGUGAAAAGUGUCUAGGUGGAAGAAAUUUGAUGUGAUGAUCACAUAUUAAAGAAAAAAUAAUUUUUUGCUCAUGUAAACAGUGUAUCAAAAUCAUAUUUUGUAUAUUUGAUCUCGAAAAUUGCGUAUGGAUACCGCAGUAUUGUCAUCGUUGGCUGAUUUGGAUUCCAACUCAGAAGGAUCAGAUGCCGUCAACACGUCCUUGAACCAUUUUGGAACAAAUCUCUAUAUACCGCAAAAUAGUUUCCGAGAAACAGGAAAUGCAAUAAAAACGUUGUUUUUCUCUGAUAAACUUCAAGAGUUCACUGACAAGGAAUAUGAACGAAAAUAUAGUGAAAACGUGUACCACAUCAAAGUCCAAACCCAACCAGAUGUAGGAUAUUAUACAGGAAAAUUGUCAUCUGAUUUACAUCCAUCAGUGCGAGAAACCGAAAAUAAUGCUGCAUUUCUUCAAAAUGUGCAAUGCCCAACAAAUAAUAACGAUCUCGAGCGCAAAUGUUUAAGCUUCAGCGGAGAUCAGAUACAGUGUAUGUGCGAAGCAUUACAGCAACAAGGUGACAUAGACAAGCUUGCUUCUUUCCUAUGGAGUAUUCCUCAGAACGAAACGAUCGUCACCAAUGAAAGUUUGCUUCGAGCAAGAUGUAUGGUGGCGUACCAUCAGGAAUCGUUUCGUGAGCUAUAUGCCUUACUAGAAUCACAUUUAUAUUCACCGAAACAUCACUCGGCUCUACAAGAUUUAUGGUUUAAAGCUCAUUACCGAGAAGCGGAAAAGAUCCGAGGAAAACCUCUGUGCGCUGUGGAUAAGUACAGAUUGCGCAAAAAAUAUCCUUUGCCAAAAACAAUCUGGGACGGUGAAGAAACAGUAUAUUGCUUUAAAGAAAAAAGUCGUAAUGCCCUCAGAGACUGUUAUACAAGGAAUCGAUACCCAACUCCAGAUGAAAAGAAAACACUUGCGAAGAAAACAGGACUCACGCUGACACAAGUGUCCAACUGGUUUAAAAACAGAAGACAGCGAGAUAGAACACCACAAGCAAGGCCGGAUAUGCUGGUUCCUGUACUUCCAGUUACUUCGGCUCAAAUGGAUGGAAGCUACCAAAGAUUGUUCAAUGUUUCCAACUACGGUGGUCAUGCUUAUCAUGCAAGUGAUAUGUAUGCGACUCAGUGAACAAGAUUGUCGCGUGCUUGUACAGUGUAUAAUGUUAUGGAGCUAAAACAAAAGAGUGUAAAACUGCGCUAGCUGAUGCAUACCUUUCCUUCCUGAUCUAUAAGAAUUUACGGGUUAAGCGUCGCGAAAAGAUAAGUUGUGAUAAAUUGUCAUUUGGAUUCAUCAGCUAUUACCUCUGCCAAUGUACAUACUAAAUAUAUUAAGAAAUGAAAUAAAUUGUAUCGCAAACAAUGGUUGCAUAUUUUAUAAAUCUUUUACCGCGAUACAGUUGAAAUCGAUUAGAUAGAUAAUAUUAUGUAACUAGAUUUUUGAAUACGAAUUAAGCAUGUUAUUCUCCAGUCUCUUACUUGAAAAGAAUUGUAUAGAAAAAAUUUAUUUGUGGGCCCUCAACGUUUUUCUUAAAUUGUUUUUUUUAUAUAUAUUUUGAUUGUAGAGCUUUAACCUUGAAGCCAUUUGACCAGAAAUAUUUUCUGACCCAAAGUGCGGGGAUGUUGGGAAUCGAACUUAGGCGAGUUGCGUGGAAGGCAUCGAUCUACCGAUCACACUAUACCCAUCCCCCUUUUGAAUUGUUCACAAACUAACUUCAUUCACUUUAUUAGCUGUGUUUUGACGACGGGUGUUUUUACAAAAAUAAACAAACCGAGUUUCUUUUUUCUUCGUUGAAGGUUUCUAAACCGAGUUCCUCGCCACUGGAAAUGAUAAAAUUACACUCAGAUAUUUCUUAACCCUCAUCUCAUCAAAUAAUGAUUGGAAAAUAUACGAUAAUAUCUAGCACUGUUUUUGAGAAGGGAUUUUCCCGCUGUUGUGUUAAUUCUUACGAAUGCAAAAUCCACAAAUUCGGUGAAAAGUUUUAAAGGAAUAUCAAUUUUUAAAAGGUGUGGUAUCUCACCCGUAUGUAUCCAAUUCGUUCAUUUGUUUCUAAAAAAUUUUUCUUGUGCUGAGGGUUUGGCAACUUCUUUUCAGUAUGGAAGUUAGCUAAAGUUAUCCCUGUACUGAAAUCGGUGGAAGGAUCUUUCUUUUCCAAGAGCUAUAGGCGUACAUUCAAUUCCCUCCAAACUGUUUGAAAAAUAAAUUUUUGCAUUCAAUGAUAAGAAGGAUGUAUUCCUGGAAGAACAGAUAGAAUUCCUCAAUAGAAGAUCCAACAACUCACAAGGGUUAACAACGUCAUCCAGUGAAACAAAUCGGUAUCCAAAACGUCCGCCAUCGCGAUUUUGGAUAUUGAGAAGGCAUACAAAAAUGUGUGAAACGAUGGGAUAGUGUUCAAGUGGUUAUACAUGAAGUUGAAGGGGAAAAGUGGGCUGUGACUAAAUAAUUUAUUUAAGCAGUUUAUACAAAUUUUAUUUGAAAAAGUGAAACGCAAUUCGUUAGAACUACUAUCGAGAAAAAAAAGUAGCAGGAAAAAAAACUGUCAGAAUUAUGGCCAUUUCUAGAAAGCAUCUUUUUGGUAUUUUUUGUAGAUUUUGCGAUGAACACUCUCCAAGGCAAACCACUUAACUCAUUAACCUGUUCUAAUCCAUCUAGUGGUGUAAUAUUCUCAUAAAUAUUACUGUGGUAUUAGAAAAAACAUUCCGAUGAAUCUUGUUAGGGCGUAAUGUAGCUUAAUCUAUAAAUUGAAACAGAUUUUAGCAAAAUUUUGCUUUAUCACUCUAAAUGAUAAUUUUAAUUUUUAAGCGCACUUUACCUUAUAUUUCCGGAACCGAAAGUUGCAUUCUGAUGAAAUUCAAUUGAACUGUUGUAAACAAUUUUAACAAUUGAAAUAAAUUCUCAAGCUCUAAAUAUUGAAAUGCCGAAUUAGAUCGACAACACGACAUUUUACUAAUUGCUCAGUAAUCCCCAUGCUUUUUUUCGAAUUUCGUUGAAGUACUAUUCUGAUUAGUCCCGGGUUUGCGGUUCAGGGCCCUGGUCCUACAAGCUAGUUGUCGUAUAUUCGAGUCUCGAUCUGGAAGGAUUCUUAGUGUCAACAGAAUCAUAGUACUAGUACUAGCCAUGCAAUGACUCUGUACGUUAUGAAUCGGCUGCGAAGUCUGUUUAAACACAAGCCAAAUUCCACAAAAGGAAUGUAAUGCCAGGACUUUGUUUUGAAGUACUAUUCUGAUACCUUGGUAAAGCGAGUGGUUUCACCGAAGUUCGACAAAAUAUUACACUGAACUUGUCAGUAAAGAACACAUAUACCGAGAUCAGCAGAUCCGUUUGCAGUGAUUCCGAACAGUAAGUU